AUGUCAUCGACACAUAGUAACAAUGCAGGAAGCCCUCAAUCUGCUUCGCAGGGUCCAUUAACGGAACAGCAAAGGGCACAGCAGCAGUAUCAAAUUUUUGAGAACUCGCUACCCAAAGUAAGUCAGUCGGCUUACCAGAUAUUGUUGAAUGAAAUGGUUCCUUUGGCUAUGGGAAUCGAGAAGCAAUUAUCGGGCGAUAUCGUGAGUCCUGAUAGCAAUGUAACUUCAGAAAAUGGUAAUCUCAGCAGUAUGAUAAAGAAAUUGAGAAUAGAGGAGCACCAUACGGUAGAUAUCAUGCGUUCACAUCAUUUGAUACAGGAACUAUGUAAGGCAGAAGAAGAGGAAAAAGAAAGGGUUUUGGCAAGACUGAGGAACAUUGGGCUUCAAAUUGGAUCAAAGCUCUCAGAAUUACUAAUAUUCUCUAACAACCCCAAUUUAAAAUUCAAAGAAAUGGACCUUUUAUUAAUAAUGAAGUUCAUUUGUAGGGAUGUCUGGAAGCAGAUAUUUGGUAAGCAGAUUGACAAUUUGAAAACAAAUCAUAGAGGAACCUUUUACCUACUUGACUAUGACUAUCGACCUAUUCAAUCGUUUUCUUUGGAUGAAGAUGCUAAAGACGAGGAAUUGAAGAUAAUCGAGCCGUUUUUAGAGAUACCUAUGGGCAUCAUUAGAGGCGUGUUGUCAUCAUUAGGCUAUUCAUCCGAGGAGGUUAUUUGCUUAGCGUCUUUCAUCGACAGGCCUACAGACAGGCCUAAGACAACGUUUCCCAAGGGAGUUAGUUUCCAUGUUCAAGUGACAAUGCCGCAAUAG